CCCUUCGAAACCGAAUCGUACGCAUGGCGUAACGGACACACACCCAUAUCAAACAAAUAUCUCUAAAAUAUACGAAAAUGAACAACGCUGAAUUAUAUCAAAGAAGUAAUAUUUUACAAAAAAGGGAUGCUUUGGAAUGUUUAGAAGAAUAUGGAAAGAGAAUAAAAUGGAAAAACGGCAGAAUUAAGAUAUUAGAUAUAGGUUGCGGAGAUGGAAGCGUAACGGUGGAUAUACUAAAAAAAUUUAUCCCUAAUAAUUGCGAAAAGCUGAUAGGUUGUGAUAUUAGCGAAAACAUGAUACAGUUUGCUAAUGAGCACCACGCGAGUGAUCACACUAGUUUCAUGGUGCUGGACAUCGAGGAAGACAUGCCGAGCGAGCUUCGAGAAAGUUUUGAUAACGUAUUUUCAUUCUACACCUUGCAAUGGGUCAAACAUCAAGAGGUAGCAUUCACAAACAUAUAUAAUCUACUAAAAAAAGGAGGUGAGUGCCUUUUAGCAUUCCUGGGUCACAUGCCGGUGUUUGACGUUUACCGCGUCCUUUCGCGGUCAACGAAAUGGAAGUCUUGGCUGAAAGAUGCUGAACGCUUUAUUUCACCCUAUCAUGACAAUCAGAAUCCUGAAAAGAUAGUUAAGCAAAUGAUGACGUCGAUCGGGUUCACUUCGGUAGAAGUCGAAUGUUUGGAGAAGACAUUUAUUUUUCCCGAUCUGGAUGCACUUAAAGGACUCGUGACAUCAGUUAAUCCUUUUGAAAUACCAAAAGAUUUAGAGGAAGAUUUUUUGCUAGAUUACUUUAACGUUCUUCGAGACAUGCAUGUUAUAGAUCAUGAAAGCAGUAAUGUUGAUGGACCGAUCAAAGCGACAUUUAACUACCGCCUUAUUGUAGCCAAGGGAAGAAAAUAGUCGAUUUGUUGCGUUCCUGGUAGAACAAAAUUUAAGACGUAUAAAUCUUAACUUUUAUGUAAUAUUGUUAUAUGUUAGGUAUGGUAAAAAUAAGGUUCAACUUUUAAAGCAAGCUAGUAGGUAUAAGUCACUCAUAAAUAAUUUUGUCGCUUUAUUUAAAAAUAACGCAUUUUUUAUGUAAACUUCAAAAUUUAUGUAUCUUAUGAAACAAAAAAAAAAAUUAUUUUAUAAGGGAGAUUACAUUUUUAGGUAUAUAAUUUUAAAAAUAAGUUAAUCGCAUUAAUACAACAUUAGAAUAAU